AAUGUCCCUCCAUAUACAAUAUUAUGCCAGGCUGCAACAAUGAACCUGAACGCCAGCAGCACAGAGGCCAGCUUAUACCAGAGCCACAGUCCCCCAGGAAUGAGAGCCUACCAAGACACAGACCAUCUUCCCAGAAACCCCUGGCUGGAACGUCAAAAUGGGGCCAACAAUGACUCCUUCAGCAGAAGCUCCAACCUGACGAGUCUGUACAAUGCUACCCUAGCCCCCACUGUGGCAUACGACCCCCUUGGGGGUCACACCAUCUGGCAGGUCAUCCUAAUCAUCUUCUUUACGGGGUCCUUGUCCCUGGUUACAGUCAUUGGCAACAUCCUUGUCCUGGUGUCAUUCAAGGUCAACAAGCAACUGAAGACAGUCAAUAACUACUACCUGCUUAGCCUGGCUUUUGCUGACUUGAUAAUCGGUGUGAUCUCUAUGAACCUCUACACCACGUACAUUAUAAUGGGCCAGUGGGCCUUGGGCAACUGGGCCUGCGACUUGUGGCUCGCCCUUGACUAUGUGGCCAGCAACGCCUCGGUCAUGAACCUGCUAGUCAUCAGCUUUGACAGGUAUUUUUCAAUCACCAGGCCCCUCACAUACCGAGCCAAGAGAACCACCAAGAGAGCCGUGACCAUGAUCGUACUCGCAUGGUUCAUCUCUUUUGUCCUCUGGGCACCGGCCAUUUUGCUCUGGCAGUUCUUCGUCGGGGAACGUACGGUCCCCCACGGUGAGUGCCGCAUCCAGUUCCUCUCCGAGCCCAUCAUCACCUUCUGUACGGCGAUAGCAGCAUUUUACCUGCCAGUCACCAUCAUGACUAUGCUGUACUGGAGGAUCUACAAGGAGACAGAGAACCGUACAAAGGAGCUAGCUGGUUUGCGUGUCUCGGGGAACCAGGGGGAGCCGACCAAACAGACCGGGAGCUCCCGCAGCUGCAGCAGCUACGAGCUCAACCAGCCAGCACGCAAGAGCUCCUCCCGGAGGCCGGGAGGCCGUUUCACCUUUUGGCCCCUGACCAAAACCCCAAAGUCCAGCAACGAGGGGGAGCCUGAGCACAGCAGCAGCGACAGCUGGAACAACAACGAGGCCGGGGCAUCCGAGUCAGACGAAGAGGAGAUACCCCAAGCCCGCGCCAUUUACUCCAUCGUCCUGAACAUGCCCGGCAUGAAGCGGGCCAUCAACUCCCAGCUCACGUCCUCCGAGGACCUGGAUGUGUCGGAGGAGGAUCCCCUGAAGCCCGAUGGAGACAGCGGAGCCUUAGCCAAGGACAAGGGUGACAAAGACUGCAACAGCUACCACCAGCGCUUCUCCAAGACACCUGUUCGGUCCAUGCCCUCCAUAGAGUUACCUAAGCCCCCUGACACCCAGACCCCGGCUACUAAGUCCUCCUCGAUGCCCAUCUCCUUUAAGGAUGCGGCCAUGGCCAAGCGCUUCGCCACCAAGGCAAAGACUCAGAUCACCAAGCGCAAGAAAAUGUCUCUGGUGAAGGAGAAGAAGGCCGCCCAGACCCUGAGUGCCAUCCUGUUUGCCUUCAUCAUCACAUGGACACCCUACAACAUCAUGGUGCUGGUCAACACCUUUUGCGACAACUGUAUUCCUGAGACACUGUGGGCCCUGGGCUACUGGCUCUGCUACGUAAACAGCACGGUGAACCCCAUGUGCUACGCCCUCUGCAAUAAGACCUUCCGGACCACCUUCAAGAUGAUCCUGCUCUGCCAGUGGGACAACCAGAAGCGCAACAAGUCGCAGUUUCAGCAGAGGCAGGCGGUGGCUUUCCGACGGAAGAUGGGGGGAGACUCGUAG